UGACCUAUAAAAGAAACGAGACCCUAUAUAUUUUUGUUGCUUUAUAUUAGCACUUGGAAUGGCCUCUCAAAAGUGGACGGCCAUUUGUUUAAAAAUAAUAUAGUUAAUCAGUGAUAGAGUCAAAUGUUAGUAUUGAGGUCUAUAGGGAAAUGAAUUGGUAUUCUCUUCCCUAUAUACCGGAUGCUAGCACUUCGUGUUAAGCCUACGAGAACUUGACUAGAGUCUCGUGAUACUCUACACUACAUGUACUUUCCGCUCAUUUAUUUAUCAUCAUAAUCUGGGAUCUUACCAUGAAGGACCAAUGUGGCGUCAGUUUGUCACCGUGUUUAUGUUGUGUUGUUGUCGUAUAGUGUGUUUCAGUCGGAUCACUGAUCAAAGCUGGAGGGGAGUCACUGAAGAUGUAGCGAAAUCUUGUGAAAAGAAGGUGGGAAAGGUAGACCUGGUGGAAGGCAGAAAUAAAAUCCUGUGUUGUCAUGUGACAAGGGAGAACAGCACGAGCCUCACUGUCCGCUGGUAUGCUGGUAACACUGAGAAGCAACAUACAUUUCUACACGUUACUGGUCAAAUACUGAACAUCAACAACAUAUCUAGAUCAUGUGUACCAGAAAUGUACCGUUGUGAAAGUCUUGUUUCAGGGAUUUCAAUUUCCAAUCAAACAUUCAAGACGAAUGUUUUAGGUCCGCCAUCACUUUACAUUUACAAGGAAAAAGACAUGACAAAAACAAAGGAGUAUGAAGACUUCCUGGAAAUCGCCCUGAAGAAGAGUUCCACGCCGUACGACAUUGUAUGUUCCGUGGAUUCGAACCCGCCUUCUAAUACCAAGUGGUAUGAGCCGAACAGACACGGGCAUGAUGACAUGACGAUGGGAUAUUUAUUAGCGAACGGGACGAAAGCGAUAAAGAAUAAAGAGUUCAUGGGUACGGGGGACGCUUAUCGAGUUACUUUUGAAGAGCGUAUUGAAAAUAACGAUCUAACACGAGAACUUGUGAUGAAGAUUCAGGUUGGAGAAUCGUCUACAUACAACAGGACCUACACGUGUGUAGCAGAAAACAAAUACGGUUCUGAUUCCUGGAGUAUGAAAAUCGUAGAAGACACAUCAUAAACACAGCACCCGCCAAAGACGUCUUACGAAUCGGUAGCACCCGCCAUGACAUGAACAUCUCGCGACUCUUUAGCACCCGCCAUGGACAUCUCGCGACUCUUUAGCACCUGCCAAAGGCGUCCCACGACUCGUCAAGUUUUUACAAAGUACAUGCAUGAUAUUAAUUGAUAACCAUUUUCACACUGCGGCCACUAACUCGUUUUAAACAAAUCAAAUAUACAUGUAAUAUACAAAUGUAAUUGUGUAUAUCAUAUGAGGUGUUCAAUUUUGUAUAUCUUCCAUUUAGAUUAUCAUAUUAAUAUAAUCAACAGUUCUAAAUAGAUAAAUAAAACAUUUCAAGAAA